CGUGCCUGAUGCCUGUGUUCAGGCGACCGCUUUAAAUUUUUCGAUUGUGUUUUUAUAAACUCAUUUUAAAAUUUUCUAUUAUUUAUAUCUAGGUAACAGGUUGAACUUAUUUAGAAUAUCAAUUCAGAUGGUCGCUUUUCAUUAGUAUUCAGUAUGGUGCCAAAAGGCAUCGUGUAAGAAAUAACCAACACUGUACACUACUAAUUCCCGACAACUAACGACGUAGCUGUACUACGUUUAAGUUUUACUAUCAUAGGUGGGUCGUGAACCAACAUGGCGGAAGCGCAUUCUGCGGUCGCGUUCUCGUUCGCGAUCACCCACGACGGUUGGGACGUGAACUUUGACCGCGAGGUCCUCUACUUGGUGUGGGAGUCGGGGUUACGCUCGUGGAAGAAGCGACUGGCUCGAUUCAGGAACAGCAUACAUAAUGGCGUGUACCCGGGGCAUCUCCAGUCGCUGUACUUCCUAUGGACCGUGCUGGUGGCGGCGCAUUUCGCCGGCCUCAAUAUACCAUUUGGUUUGGUGCAGAAAGCCUUGACUGUACUACCGAGUACGUCGGCGAUGUGGCAAGUCAUCGCCUGUCUCUUGGCCGCCCUGGCGAUGUGGUUGUCGGUUAUUUUUCUGAUGCGGUACGCGCUUAAACUUCUGCUUAUGUACAAGGGCUGGAUGUAUGAAUCUCGCGCGCCCGGUUCGAGGGUGUCUCUGAAGACGAUGCUAUGGGCCAGCGUGGUCAAGGUGCUAUCUGGCUGGAACAAACCUCGUCUCUACAGCUUCCAAGGGUCACUGCCACGACUGCCGCUGCCGAACGUUUCUGACACGAUGCGACGGUAUCUAUUGAGCGUGCAACCACUCUUGAAUGACGAGAACUACAGACGUGUUGAAGGCCUUGCUAAGGAGUUCGAAGAAGGAAUUGCGGUCAAGUUGCAGAGAUACCUGGUCCUCAAGUCAUGGUGGUCAAGCAACUACGUGUCAGAUUGGUGGGAAGAGUACGUGUACUUACGCGGCCGGUCACCGCUGAUGGUGAACUCCAACUUCUACGGCACUGACACCCUGUUGAGGCCGACCCGCUUGCAAGCUGCGCGAGCCGCUACCAUCAUACACUACUGUCUGUGCUUCCGGAGACUCAUCGAGAGGCAGGAGCUAGAACCGAUAAUGCUCCAAGGCAUGGUGCCGCUUUGCUCGUGGCAGUACGAGCGGCUGUUCAACACGGCGCGGGUGCCGGGAGUGGAGCGGGACCGCAUUGUGCAUUACCAGGACUCGGCGCACGUGUCUGUGCACUGCCGCGGGAAGUACUACAAGCUGGUCGUGUACUCGCGCGGCCGCCUGCUGAACCCGGCCGAGAUACAGAUCCAGUUGCAACAGAUACUGAACGACGAAUCGGAGCCCGCGCCGGGCGAAAUGAAGAUCGCAGCGCUAACUGCCGGAGAAAGGUCGCAAUGGGCGCACGUCAGGCAAACUAUGUUCCAACGUGGACACAACAGAACAUCGCUUCACUGCAUCGAGCGGGCCGCAUUUCACGUGUCACUAGAUGACUCGGAAUACGGCUUUGAUGACCAAGACGUGACUCGGCUUGACAACUACGGCCAUGUGUUGUUACACGGUAAAGGAUACGACCGCUGGUUCGACAAGUCCUUCAAUCUCUGCUUCAGUACCGACGGCUCUGUUGGCUUUAAUACUGAACACACGUGGGCGGACGCACCCGUUAUGGGCCAUCUUUGGGAAUAUGUUAUCUGGUCGGAAUUAGAAUACGGAUACGACGAAGCAGGAAACGCACGUGGCAUAGUUGCGGCACCCCCGCCACCGCCCGUACGGCUAGCGUGGGAUCUAUCUGAGCCAUUACUUGCGGCAGUUGAUAAUUCGUACCGCGUCGCCGAAGCGUUGCUUAAGGACCUGGAUUUGCGCAUCCUCAUGUUUACUGGCUACGGAAAAGGUUUUAUGAAGAGUUGCCACAUUUCGCCAGAUGCUUUCAUCCAAAUGAUACUUCAGUUAUCAUAUUUCCGCGCGGCGAAUCGCUUCUGUCUCACCUACGAGGCGUCUAUGACGAGGUUGUACCGUGAAGGUCGUACUGAGACUGUGCGUUCCUGUACUCUGGAAAGCUGUGCUUGGGUUGAAGCUAUGCAGGAUCCUACCACAUCGGUCGAAGAACGCGUGAAACGUUUAAGGGCGGCAGCGGCUCGUCACCAGUUGGGCUACCAAGACGCCAUGGCCGGGCGAGGCAUUGACAGACACUUGUUCUGCCUUUACGUCGUUUCCAAGUACCUCGAAUUGGAGUCCCCAUUCCUGCAGGAAGUGUUCAAUGAGCCCUGGCGCCUGUCUACCAGUCAGACGCCACAUGGUCAAACAAGCCUACUGGACCUCAAAAAGUACCCGAAAUGCGUGAGCGCGGGCGGCGGGUUCGGACCGGUGGCAGACGACGGUUACGGCGUGUCAUACAUCAUUGCGGGCGAAGACACUCUUUUCUUCCACGUGUCCAGCAAAGUUAACUGCCCAGUCACGAGUUCAACCAAUUUCGUGCAACAAAUCGAGCAGUCUUUGAAAGAUGUUCGCGAUCUUUUCGCCGAGUACAAAAAACUGAACAACGGCGUCGACAAGAAGAAAAACAAAUAGUGUGCGCUUUGUUUUAGGCUAUAGUAUAAUUUUAGAUAGAUAUUGUGCAGUUUUGUUAUUGCUUUAGUUGAUAUUAAGUUUGUUUUAGAUGUUAAGGAUAUUGUGGUGUUAAACAGACAGAAGUAAACAUUCUUGUAAAACCGUUCUUAAAGAUUUUACAUUUAUUGUAACGUUUAAACUGUGAUUUAAUUUGUAAUAUUAAUAAUAAUAAUAAUUCAUGUCUCUAACAAGGUUUUAACUCGCGGGAGUCAUAUCCACUAUACUCUCCGACGUGUAUUUGGUCAUUAAUCAUGAUUUCGACACACACACGAAAUGCAUAACUUCUUGUGGGUUUUAAUGGUGUAAUAUAAAUGUUUUAUUAUUAUAUAACACUUUUCAAUAGUAUUCUUGGUGUAUACGUAUAAGACAAUUAUCAACAUAAUAGUUGUACAGGAAUGUUUAGUUUCUGCGAAAGAUCAGAUUAUAGAAAUAAAGUCGCUUUUCCACUGGAGCUGAGACGCGAUGCUAAGCUAUAACAUUAGACCUUUGUCACCAAAUCGGUGUAGUGGAGAGUAAAGAUGUGCGAGCGAUAUUUUCAAGUUAAAAUAAAGGACUCUGCUGUCCAUUCUCCUUUAUAUCCCCUAGUCUCGUACAACACCCGCGGAAAGGGGAGGGGUGGUGAGAACUGUAUUCUGAACUGCCGUCACCACGCUUGCACAUCUCGAACGCACAUCUCAAGUUUGCGUGAGUAAUAACAACUCAGUUGGAUCCUACUCCACCACACUAAGCUUAAAAUGGAGGAAUGCUCUAGGUCAAUUUCAAAAGUAUCCAGCAGCUCUAAUGGAGAGGCACUAUUAGACCCGUUAUUUAACAA